AUGUUUGUCGGGAGUGCGGGCAAUAUAUCAGAGAUACGUCAGAUCUCAUCCAACACCAGAGGACACAGAGGAGAAAAGCCCCAUGUUUGUGGGGAAUUUGGGCGAGACUUCACAGAUAGGUCAGGGGUCAUUUUUGGCAAGGUCUCUAGCUUUGGAGGAGCAGGCUUAGUUGAUAAUGCUGCCGAUUUUCUCUGCAUCCUCAUCCUUCAUCCUGGUUUUAUCUCCUUUAGCUUUUCUCUCAGCCUUUCUUUGGAUCCCACAGGACUCAUGGGCUACCCAUGGCACAACUUACUGGUGAGCUCUCUGCCCCGUGGCCAUGCCCUGUCCUUCCUGGGCACUUCUGAUCUUGGCACAAGGACAGCUCUGCAUUUAGCCUGUGCUGGUGGCCAUAAAGAGGUAGUCACUCUCCUAGUGGAGAGAAAAUGCCGGCUGAACCUCUAUGACAGCGAAAACAGGACAGCGUUGAUGAAGGCAGUACAGUGCCAGCAAGAGGAAUGCGCCGCCAUUCUGCUGGAACAUGGUGCGGAUCCGAAUCUGCAGGACUUCGGCGGUAAUACUGCUCUCCACUACGCUGUCUCCAGUCAGAACAGGGCCAUAGCUGCCAAACUGCUGGCACAUGAUGCAGACAUUAAAAUAAGCAACGAGGAUGACCUCACGCCAGUUUUACUGGCUAUCAAGGAAAACCAACAGGAAAUGGCAGAUUUUUUAAUAAAUGAAUCAAAUAGGUAUGCAUUAAGAAAAAUGCAAAGAUUAUCCAGUAAACCUGGCAUUGAUGAUUCAAGGCAUAUAUCUGAUGAUGAGUUUGAUUUUGAAGCCAAGGAAAGACCUAUAAAGCCAGCAGAUGAAAAGGACAAAAAUGAUAUUGAAAGUGUCUCACAAGACCAUACAAAAAAUACCAAUUUACCCUGUGUUGAUGAAGCUCUCAAAAAAAGAAGUGAAAUGCUGUCAGCACUGGGAUUAGAAGAGGAAGAUAUAGACUCACCUACGGACUCUGAGAGUAUUUCUGAGAGUCUACCACAGAAGUAUGUUGAUCACUUAUUGGCAACUGCAAAUCAAGGAGAAAAAAGUACAUUAAAUGGACAAGUAGAAGAUGUUUUUUAUAUUCCUUCGUUCAUGAGUGGAUCGAGCAACUUUAAGAAGGCUAAAAUAGAUGAUACCAGAAAUAGAGACUUUCCAGUUGCCCACCUAGAAUCUCUUGAAAACUACUACCACUUGAAGCCUUCUAUUGAAGUGAAAGACUCCAUUCCUAAUAGAGCAGUUGGAAUAAAGGAUGUUCAAACAGCUCAACCAGAUUUGCCACCUGAACUAGACUUAGACAUGGCAACAGAGGACGAUCCAGAAGGACAUGAUGAACAUGAAUAUAACCUCUUGCAGGUUUCUGAUAGUCAUGACAAGGAAAAAGACCACAUGUUACAGGAUGAAAUUAUCAGGCUAAAAUUGGAAGUCAACACAAUGAAAAAUCAGAACCAGGAAAAGGAAAAGAAAUAUUUAGAAGACAUUAAAAUUCUCAAAGAAAGGAAUGAGGAUCUUCAAAGGACUAUAAAACGGAACCAGGAAACAUUCACUGAAACAGUGUUCCAGUCUACUGGACAGAUUAAUGUCCUGGCAGCCGAGAAUACAAUGCUUAAGUCUCAGCUGGAGCAAGCAAAGCAGAAGAACGACACACUGGAAACAGAACUGGAGACUUACCGUUCUCGACUGGCUACUGCUACGCAGGUCCAUGAUCAAAGCCAGAUCUCCAAAAGAGAACUGGAACUCAGCUUCCAGAGGGCCAGAGAUGAAUGGUCUCGCUUGCAGGAGAAAAUGAACUUUGAUGUGGCUAACCUAAAAGACACUAAUAAGGUUCUUUCUCGACAGCUCUCUAAAAUGGAAGCUAAACUAAAUAACCUAGAAAUUGAGCUCCAUCAGACAAGGGAUUCCGUUACAGAAAAGACAUUGGCUUUGGAAUGUAUUCAAAGAGACCUAAGCCAAACCCAAGGUCAGAAGAAGGAAAUUGAACACAUGUGUCAUAAUGAACAAGGGAAAGUGAAUAAAUACAUGGGCAAACAGGAGUCCUUAGAGAAGCGACUGUCUCACUUGCAGAGUGAAAACAUGUUGCCUCGCCAGCAACUAGAUGAUGCCCAUAACAUAGUGGACAGCAAAGAAAAGACAAUGAUGAAGAUGUACGACCAGUUCCAGGACAAUGUCCAAAGGCUUCAAGCUGAAAGGGAGAAACAUCGUCUUCUGCUGGAAAGAAUUAAUAAGGAGUUGAUCAAUGACAGCAACCAUUUAACGGAAACAAUAUGCCAGUAUGAAAGUGAAAAAGCAGAAAGAGAAGUGUUUGUGAGACAACUUCAGCAAGAACUGGCUGAUAGUCUAAAGAAGCAAUCUAUGUCAGAGGCUUCGCUGGAAGUUGUAUCCCCUUACCACACUAACUUAGAGGAUGAAAAGCAUUUAAAGAGGAAGGUAAGUCGAAGGAGAAGUCCUAUCGAUGAUCUCACUACAAAACUGGAACGUGCAUCUUCCAAAUGUCAACAUCUGGAUGCAGAAAAUCAAGUUCUUCAGCAGCAGUUAUUGUUUAUGAAAGUAAUGCAAAAGAAUAAUGAAAAGGUAAAGAAGAAUAAAAAGCAGUUGGAACAAGAAGUAGUCAACCUCAAAAGUCAUAUAGAACUAAAUAUGGUAGAAUGCAGUCAAGUAGAACAGUUUAAACAAGAGACCGAAGAAAGAGCAAGACAGGAUAUAGUAGAAAAAUUAAAAGAAGUCAAUCUGUUUUUACAGGUACAAGCAGCAUCUCAAGAACAGUUAAGAGAGAAUACUAAUACUUCUUUGAAAAGUCAAAUGGAACUCAGAAUUAAAGAGCUGGAAUCUGAACUUUCUAAAAUGAAAACUUCUCAGGAAGAGUGUAAUAAAAGAGAAUUGGAAAAAUAUAAGCAACUCUUCCUAGAAGAAAUGACAGUUAGAAAAUCCUUGCAAAAUAAGCUAAAAAAAAGUAAUGAGAGGCUUGCCCAGAUCAUCAGCACUAACCUCCUGGUGGAGAAAGAGCAAAGCAGAUCUGUGAUGAGUACCCUGACUGGCAGGCCAGUUCUGGAGCCUCCUUCUAUGGGAAAUCUCACUCCUAGUGCAAGGCUGCCCAGAAAUCUGGCUCCAAGAGAAAGCAUCCUGUUUCCUUCUGCCAAGCCUCGACCUCCAGAUUGCAGCACGGAGACCUUCUUAUUCCAGAUGCAGCAACAAUUGGAUAAAAGUAUCAAAAGAGAAAUAGAAGAAGCUGCUGCUGACUUAGAAUCUGGAUCCUAUAGAUCUCUUCCAAGAUCUAUUGAAGCAUCGAAUCUAACCCAGGAUCUACUUUUGAAAACGUCAAGAGAAUAUGUCGAGAUUCUGAAAAAGCAAUAUCUUAUCUAA